AUGCACUUGGCAGACUACCUUCAGAGCGCCAUGUCAGACUAUGAACUUCUCACCCAGUACACCGAGGAUGCCUAUGCCAAAGAAGAUCGAAUUUGCGAUCGUCCGUCUUGCAUGGCUAACAUUAGGACUGGAGAGCCAUGUUUUUAUGUUGCGACCAUCGAGCCAGGUCAACGUGGGCGCUAUGUGUGUGAAUCCUGCCACUUGCAUUAUGAGAAUAAACGAGCUACUUCAGUGAGACCUACAGGUAAUCGAACCUUACAAUCACAAGGCCGCGCCCCUCCUGAUCCACGUACAAUACAACAAUUGGUGAAUGCGGCACAACGAAGAUCGACACCUAAUCCGCCUCCUGUCAUUGCUGUACCUGGUGGCUUUUGUCCUAGAGGGCCAGAUAUUAGAAUCCCUACAUCAUGGCAAGGGCCGCAAGGUUCAUCAUCCAUCCGGCAUUCGUCACAACAAGGUGCCAUUGGGUAUUCGUCACAACACGCACUUUAUGCUGCUGAGCGUGACCGCUGGGGGAAAAUGGCAUACGCUUCAUCUCUAGCAGAGACCAUUUUACUUGAAAUUACUGUGGUUCACGAAGGUGCCGGAGCGCGCAAAAAACGAGGUGUUCCUAUUGGAAACAUAUGUGAGGGUAGGAAGGAUGUUGAUGCUCGAAUUGACGCAUCUGGGCUCAUCAAGCUAGCUUUGGAGACUGUCGUCCCAAAGUUACGCAAAUUCGAUGGAGAAUUUGUCUGGCGUGUUGAGGAGUUCAUAAUCCGAGAUGCUGCAUGGGUGGACCUAUCCAAUCACCCACAAUUGGUUCCCUAUUUCUAUGAUCAGUGCCUGCAGCCAUCUCGCAAAGGCACCAAAUCGACCUUCAAAUCUAAACAAUUUGCGCUGAUGGUCGUUGUCCCGGAGGCCCAGUGGAAUGAAUACGAGAAUUGGUUGGAACUUCGUGCGGAAAUGGAAGCUGAAGCUAUCCGAACGAGCUGCACUCAGUCUAGUGAACAUGCUACUGCUUACACAGCCGUCAGUUUCAAUGUGCCCUCAUCAGCAACAACUUCGCUCACUGAAAAUGAGCUUUUCUUACCAUCCGUGACCACCAACAAUUCUGUGACGGUCUCUACCAAGAGAGCCCACCAGCGUGCUGAAAGCUCUAGCAGUCUCAGUGGUACUUCAUCUCCACCUCGAAAGAAGAAUCCACCUCCCACAGCUUUUCAUUCACCUGAUCGUGAUCUGCUCAAAGAAGUCUUGAAGAUCGGCGGAGGUGCCAACUUAAAUGUAAAGCAAGUCUUUGGACUACAUAGUGAAAGUGUGCAAUUUCACCCAAUCCCUACCCGCGAUAUCACCGACCUCUUGCUACACAAACAGCAUCAUUCAUUUUCGGUGGACACGGCUGAAUCUUCCAUUGGACAGCUGACUAUUGAUACAUCGACAGACGGCUUCAUUGGAAUUGGUGGCUUCAAGACUGCGAACACUGGAUGGCUCACGCUCACAGCUCCUCCCAAGACUGGUCUUGGAUCAGUGGCUCGUCAUAAGGUCGUGGUCAAACGGCCAUUCGAAAAAGUAUUUCCGACUGCUAUGAAGGUUGGAGCUUAUAAAGUUGGCCGGUAUUCACUCGUCGAUGAGCUACAGAAGCUAUUCAGAGAGGCCAACGUCCUAUACUGGUCCAAGUCUUUAUUAAAGCUCACAUACGACUUCAUCGAUCGUUCCAUUGCGUCCUCACCUGAACCCCCGCCGUUUGCUGUCCCACGUGUUCGAUUUGUAGAAGCUGGCCUUGCAUUGUGCCACCACCAAGGGGGUAGCAAGCCUGGAGCAAAGACAGGGUCAACACGGGCUGUCUUUCUCCUUGAAGAGCUCAUUGAGGGCGGUGAUGAUAUGUUUGUCAAAUUCAUCCACAAUAUGGAUGCCAAUCCAUUGCUCGAUGAAUUGGACUAUGGCUACGACAUGGCCGAAUUCUUUGUUUUCACGCAGCAUGUCCAGUAUGUCAAGACCGGCAAGCUCGCUUUCAUAUCCGACUAUCAGGGUAGUACAGUACUACUCACAGAUCCUCAGGUCCUGACUCAUCCGUCCGUCAGCGAUGGAUGUGAUAUUUUUGGUGAGGGAAAUAUUGAGGCAUCUGUCAGCAAAUUUGAAGACCAGCAUGCCUGCAACGAGUACUGUGGAUGGUUUGGGCUGGAAACAUUCGUGAAGGAGGCAAAUGACGAUGAAGCACUAGUUGUAGAAAAUUAG